UGUUAUUCUACGCGAAAACGCAAACAGCAAAGAGCAGAGAGAGAGAGAGAGAGCAGCGCAGCUGAUUCAGCAUUUUCAGCACCUGCUCUAAAACCAGUGGUCUUCGUUCUACGCCGCACUCUCACUCCCAAAUCCACUCUCCAUUGCGCCGGUGCCGGCGCUUUCUCGGCGUGCUGUGUGGCGGGAGCCGAAGCUCCGGUCUCCGCUCCUCUUAUCUGUCCAGUUGCGGAGAAAUGUGAAUUGGUAUCCGCGGUUUCGGAAUCGUUCGUGUUUUUGUCUGCGCUCCAGAUCUUGCCCCUGCCAUUCCUAGAUCUAGGGUUUUGGAGUCCCUCUCUAUGGCCACGCCGUUUUCCUUGCCCGUCACCGCCGCUCAGGUUGGUUCCUACUUUCUAGGACAGUACUAUCAGGUACUACAACAGCAGCCUGAGUUUGUUUACCAGUUCUACAGUGAUGCUAGCACCAUGAUUCGGAUUGAUGCCAAUGCCAGGGAGACUGCUUCUGGGAUGCUGCAAAUCCACACGGUUAUCAUGUCACUCCAUUUUACUGGUAUAGAGAUCAAGACAGCACAUUCCUUAGAAUCAUGGAAUGGUGGUGUUCUAGUCAUGGUUUCAGGUUCUGUCCAUGUAAAGGAUUUUAAUGGGAGAAGGAAGUUUGUGCAGACCUUUUUCCUUGCACCCCAGGAGAAAGGUUACUUUAUUUUCAAUGAUAUCUUUCACUUUGUUGAAGAAGAAAGGAUAAUCCAACAUCACGUUGCCUAUUUAAGUCAGGCCAAUCUUGAUACCAAGCUGAAUACGCCAGCUACAUUUCGUGAUCAAGUAUCCAACUACUUGCUGGGUGGAGAAAUCCAGGCAAGGGAUUUUGUGCCGCCUGCAAAGAUUGAAGAAAAUGGGCCAGUGAAUGACUACCACUUUGUGGAGGAGCAGCUACAGCAAGUCUCUGAAGCUGAAAAGAUCCCUGAGGAUAAUUUUGCUGUGCAGUCAAAUGGUUCACUUCAGAGUACAAUGAACCAUGCACAGGACCAUUUAUCUGCUACUAUUGAGGAACCAAUUGCUGAGCCCCAGAAACACACUUAUGCUUCCAUUUUACAGGUUGCUAAAGCACCAUCUGUGCAAGCUGUACCCCUGCAGGCCUCUAACAAACCUGCACCUCCCUCAUCUGAGUGGCAAGAUGUACCAGAUCCCCCUAGUCAGCCAGCUUGUGUGCCAUCCAGCUCUGUUGAGAGGUCUGGGGCAGAAGUGGUUGAAGAAUAUCCAGCUGUGGAAGAUGAAAUGGAGGUGAAGUCAGUGUAUGUGAGAAACGUACCCACAACAAUGGAUCCUUCCGAAAUUGAGGAGGAAUUUAAAAAGUUUGGUAAACUAAAGCCUGAUGGUGUGGCCAUCAGAACGCGGAAGGAUUUUGAUGUAUGCUAUGCAUUCGUUGAAUUUGAAGAUGUCUCGAGUGUGCAAAAUGCAAUUAAGGCAUCUUUUGUUGAGAUUGGUGGACACCAGUUAUACAUUGAAGGAAGAAGACCGAACAGAAACAACCUGUAUCGAGGAAGAGGACGCGGUAGAGGCAAGGUCAAUUACCAGAUGGAUGGAAGGGGGUUGCGCUUUGGUGGCCGUGGUUUUGUCAGGGGAAACGGUCAAGAUGGAGGUGAUCGCGACUACAGAUCUUCGUCUAGAGGAAACGGUUUCUACAGGCAAGCUCCCCGCCUUUCUGGCAGUCAAUACGGGUCUAGAAAUGGACACAGCGUAUCAGAAUAAUAAUACAGUUAAGUUUACGCUUACUAUGAUGCAAGUGGCUUCAGAACACUAAUUCAACUACAUAGCUUCCAUAAUCAUCAGUAUAUGUUGAGCACACAAUUUAUUUAUUAGAUACGAUGCUGAAAGGAAUCUUUCCAACAUAUUUUUCUUGGCAAUUUUAGAUUAUUUAUUUUAGCUUACAUAAA